AUGAGCUCUCAGAACCCAAAAAAGCAAAGCCCGAAGUCGAGCGCCGCUCUCGACGCCUUCGUCAUCAAACAGUUGCAGGCUCUCCUCGGCAAUCAGCCCAUGUCUCAGACAGAGAGCGUCGAUACGGUCACUGUCAAACGAUACCUCGACGCUAUGAAACCAUACGUGGACCACGUUCGCGUCUCGACAGACGACGCCAAGAUGCAAGAGUUGUGGAACGAAACCAAACGAGUGUGGAAUUUUUGGGCCUCGUUCCUGAGACAGACCGAAGACCAAGACGUGGCGGCGCCGUCCGAAGAUGAAGACGUGACGGCGCGGUCUCAAACUCGCGUUAGGCCGAGGACGGAAUCUACUGGGUCUUCGACGAGCCUUCCAUCGGCGAAGCGUGCAAAAACGGGCGGGAGCUCCCGCGCGACCUCGCGGCAGCAGGAAGAGGAGGAGGGCAGUGAAGAGGAUGACAGUGAAGGGGAGGUGGCGACUGGUCGCCGAAACAAGGUCAAAGACGACGCGGAGUACGUACCGACAACGACGAAGUCGGGCUCUUUGCCAAACGGCCGUCAAUCGAUCGACGCCCCGACACGCUCCACGCCUCCACCCGCACGCGGCAAGCUGGCCACGCCGACGCCGGCUCAGCACCCUUCCACCGUCUCUCGCGCGCCCACAGCGCCUCCACCCGCACGCAUUAACACGCCUCUUGUCGUACCCUCGCGGGACAACGUUCUACAGUCUCUAGGCCUCUCGACCACUCGUGCCCACUCGGCUACUGCCUUCAGUGCCGCCUUCAAGACACCCGCAAUGGUGCCGGCGCCGGCGGUGGUGCCGAUCACGCAGGGCCCCAAGCGUAAGCCGCGCCCCGUCGUGGUGAAGAAGGAGCCGGUCGAUCAACAUUCGAUGCUCACAAUGGACGAACCAAUCGACAUCGAUGAUGAGCUUGCCGACUCACUUGCCUCCUCUCCCGCACCUCUCAUUUCCUCGACUCAAGCUCAGGAAGGCGAAGCUAAAGACACAGCACAACACGUGCGCUCAUGCCUUGCAUUGCACCGUCUCAUCCCAACCGAUGAUGAUCGCCCGUGCCGACUCUGUCAUCAAUGCAUUGAGUCGCCUGGGCAUGCAGUUUUCAUCUGCGCUUCCUCUACGCGGCUAUGCACGGCAAGGCAGGAGUUUCUAAGUAACGUGCGCAUGCGCUUGCCAGGCUUCAACGCCCCGCAACAAGAUGAUCAGGCAUUAGAUGCGUUGCGGGUUCUGAUGGAGGACACUGCUAUACUAGAUCUCAUCGGGGCAUUUGCCCAGAUUGUCGUGCAUUCGUAUGACUCGCUUGACGCUGUCUGA